CUUGGUUGGGUUAAGCCAAGUAGUUUGUCUGCCCACUCCGUGAAAUAAAACUUUCCGUGACUUGCCUUUCGUUGUGGGGAGCGCACAUUCCAGAAAGAGGCACAGCAGGGAGCUGCGUGUGGGGAAGCUCAAACUCUAGGCAGAGGGUUUGCUGGGGGCGGCGUGUUGGCUGGGUUAACUUUCCGGGCGCGCAGGCUGGGCAGCUGGGGCGGCUCCAGAGGACCCCCUGGCCGGCGACAUCCCGCCCCUACCUCUCUCCCCUCCCUCCCGCCGCAGAGGCAGAGGCCAGCUCCUCCCGCCUGAGUCACGGCGGGAGCUGGGGAGGAGCCGGGAAAGGCGGCCCCAGCUCAGAGAACAGCCGGCGGCCGUAGGGAGCGCAGGCAGGGCUGUCGGGCCAUGGGGGAGGGCGCGCUGGAGCCGGGGCCUGCGCCCGGGGCGCCUGCCCGGGGCCCGGUGCACGCCGUGACAGUGGUCACCCUGCUGGAGAAGCUGGCCACCAUGCUGGAUGCGCUGCGCGAGCGGCAGGGCGGCCUGGCUCGGAGGCAGGGCGGCCUGGCCGGCUCCGUGCUCCGCAUCCAGAGCGGCCUGGGUGCGCUAAGCCGCAGCCACGACUCCACCAGCCACGCGCUGGAGCAGCUGCUGGCCAAGGCGGAGCGCGUGGGCUCGCACGCGGACGCCGCCCAGGAGCGCGCCGCCCGCCGCGCCGCCCAGAUGCAGCGGCUCGAGGCCAACCACGGGCUGUUGGUGGCGCGCGGGAAGCUGCACGUCCUGCUCUUCAAGGAGGAGGCUGAGAUUCCAGCUGGCGCCUUCCAGAAGGCGCCUGAAUCCUUGGGCCCGGCGGACCUGUCCGAGCUGGGCCCGGAGCAGCCGCAGGCUGAGGUCGGAGAGAGCUCAGACGAGGAGCCCGUGGAGUCCCGGGCCCGGCGGCUGCGGCGCACGGGUUUGGAGAAGGUGCACAACCUGCGAAGGGCCCUUUCGGGCCGGAAGGGCCCCGCAGCGCCCCCGCCCACGCCCGUCAAGCCGCCUCGCGUCGGGCCUGGCCGCAGCCGAGCGGGGCCGCCGGACGCCCAGCCGGAUCCUCCUCCCGACGCCGAGGAAGAGCCCGGGGCGCCUGAGGUUGCCCAAGCUGCUCCACCCCAAACCGAGAGCGCCGAGAGCGCAGCCUGAUCAGCGCUGCCUGCGCCCAGGUGCCUAGGCCUUGCCCUAAAAUAAAUCGUUUUCAGAAGGCAACACUUUCGCCCAAAUAAGGAGCUCUCACGCCUGGCUUUUUCAGCGUGAGGAUCCGCAGCUCUCACUGAGCUUACCGCCAAUAAAAGUAAUUUCAUCUAACACAGACUCCAUGUGUGAGGGUGAGGGCAAGGAUGACAGUAGAGCGUCUCUCCCCUUCUGGCCCAGAAUCUCAGGCUCUGCUUCACUGGCACAUGGGAAUGAAUAUUCUGCUUCUGAUACACUUGCCUUAUAGGGACACUAGUCACAUUUUUGCUUUCUUUCACUUUUUUUUUUUUUUUUUUAAAGCACCCAGUACAGUGCUUUGCUGUAAGUGGUCAAUAAAUAUCAACUGGUAGUUUUUCUCUUAGUUUCUUCUUCCUGUACCACUUCUGAAAAA